AUGUCCAAGGCCAAGAAUAAGGGCGAAAGCGGAUCACGUUAUAGACUGUGUGUUCCUCCCUGCCCACGUUAUAUUACGAGCGGGGAUACACACAGUCUGUGCGUGGUCUGCUUGGGAGUGAAGCACGCAGAGUCGGCUCUCGAGGGAGCCGACUGUCCGCAUUGUGAGAGAAUGCCGCUGCGUACGCUUCGCUCCCGGAAGGCUCUCUUUGAGGAGGGAGUCUUUGCCAGCGUUCCUCACGGUGCUGGCCCCGCUUCCGCCGAGGCGGAACGGCGGCUGCACUCGUGGGGUUCGCAGCGGGAUCUGGUGGAGGAAAUGGAGACGGGCGAGUCCCUAUCUUCUUCCUCACCUGCCAGAUCCACCGCCCGCUCUCUGGGAUCGGAAGCCCGUUCUGCGGUUUCUUCCCCCCGGGGAGCGGGCUCGGCGCUUCUCCUAUCUUCCUCCGAGGAGGUUGAUGUGGAGAGCGUCGAAUAUUCGCCCCCUCAAUCCCCACAGUAUGAAGAGCUAGUGGAGGUAGUUACUCGCGCGGUUGCCAAGUUGAACAUCGAUUGGCCCGCCGAGAAACAGGCUGAAUCGCAGAGAAGUAAAUUAGAUGAACGCUUUCUGCGUACUAAGCCGCUACCUCCGCGCCGGAGCCUGCCUUUUUUUUCCGAUCUCCACACCUCGGUGUGGAGAUCGUGGAAGAAACCUUUCUCGGCCCGCUUAUUCGUCCCCGCCUCUGAUUAUUAUGGUAAUGUGGCGGGGCUGAGUGAUUGCGGUUACAGAGCGAUGCCCCGGGUUGAGCAGACGCUCGCGAGCUAUCUGUCUCCUGGCGCGGCAUCGUCUCUGAAGGCUCCGGUCUUGCCCUCCAAGCCGCUGCGCACAACAUCAACGCUGGUGGGCAAGGGGUACACGGCAGCGGGUCAGGCUGGUGCGUGUCUGCACACUAUGUCAGUGUUACAGGCGUAUCAAGCCGACCUGCUAAAAGAGCUAGACGAAGGCGAGCAAAUAAAAUCUGAGGAUAUGGUAGAACUGAGGAGAACCGCUGAUUUAGCUCUCCGCGCCACCAAGGAGACUGCCCGUGCCAUCGGGCGGUCCAUGGCAGCUCUGGUGGCGGCGGAGGCAUUUGUGGUUGACCUUGUCCGAUAUGAAGGAGAAAGACAAGGUCUUCCUUAUGGACGCCCGCUUGCGCCUUCUGGUCUGUUCGGCGACGCCGUCAAUUCCGUCGUCGACAGAUACCAGGAGGCUCAGAACAGGCGGCGGCGUUUCAGCCGUUUCUCCUCGCCGUUCGAUAGCUCUGGGGCUGCUGGGCGGAGCAGCCCCAGCCGUACCAGCUCUUCAUACAGAGAGGUUCAGAAGCAGAGCGUCGCCUCUCGUGCUCCCCGCAGCGGGACCGAGCGCCCUCUGGAGAUCAUUCUGCCAACCCUGCCAGUGUUCCAGGGCGCAGCGAUCUCCAGCGAGUGUCUCUCUCAGUAUUUCCCGCCCGGAAACGUAGCGGAGCUGAGAGCCUCGUCACCCCUUCGGGGGUCUCUCGAGCAUCUAGUUCGGCCGUCUCCUGCCGGUCCUCCGCUUCAGGGCACCGAGCUAGUAGCUCCAAGCACACCAGAGGCCAGUCUCGAGACUGGUUCCUUAGUAGAUUAUUUAGCAGCGUGGAAACUACUGCCAAAUGUAUCUCGUUGGGUCCUGCAGACUGUAGAGAGAGGUUAUCGCAUUCAGUUCGGCACCCCGCCGCCGCCUUUCAAGGGGGUUUUUCUCACGUUAGUGGGCCCCGAGCAGGCUCUGGUAUUAGAACAAGAAGUGAACACUCUCUUGAGGAAGGAGGCCAUCGAGGUGGUCCCUCCUCUCGACAGGGAGUCUGGGUUCUACAGCCGGUACUUCAUUGUUCCAAAGAAGGAUGGGGGGUUGCGUCCGAUUUUAGAUCUGCGGCUAUUGAACCACUCAGUCAUGCGUCUGAAGUUCAAAAUGCUCACUGUCAAACAGGUCGUGUCUCAGAUCAGGUCCGAGGACUGGUUUGUCACGAUAGAUCUAAAAGAUGCAUACUUCCAUGUCUCCAUCCUUCCCAGUCACAGGAAGUUCCUGAGGUUUGCUUUCAGGGGCAAAGCUUACCAAUAUCGGGUUCUUCCCUUCGGCCUAGCACUCUCACCCCGUACUUUCACGAAGUGUGUGGAUGCUGCUCUGGCUCCUCUGCGACUCCAGGGCAUCCGCAUACUCAAUUACAUUGACGAUUGGUUGAUUUUAGCUCAGUCAGAGCAGACAGCGGUUCGACAUCGAGAUGUCGUUCUCGCUCACAUGAAAGAGUUGGGGUUAAGACUAAACGCCAAGAAAAGUGUGCUUUCUCCAUCACAGAGGACCACUUAUCUGGGUGUGGUAUGGGAUUCGACCACGAUGCAGGCACGUCUGUCUCCUGCUCGGAUCGAGUCGAUCCUCACUGCAGUCACGAGAGUCAGAGAAGGCCUGUCACUCACUGUCAAGCAGUUUCAGAAGCUGCUGGGUCUGAUGGCAGCGGCAUCCAACGUGAUACCUUUUGGCCUGCUGUACAUGAGACCCCUACAGUGGUGGCUCAAGACCAAGGGGUUCUCCCCAAGGGGAAACCCGCUUUGCAUGAUCAAGGUCACGCGGCGAUGCCUACGUGCCUUGGACAUGUGGAGGAAACCUUGGUUCUUGUCUCAGGGCCCGGUGCUGGGAGCCCCUUGUCGCCGCGUAACGCUAGCGACAGACGCGUCCCUCACCGGUUGGGGAGCGGUCAUGAGUGGCCGCCCUGCCCGCGGUCUGUGGACUGGUCGCCAUCUCAUGUGGCACAUCAACUGCCUAGAGAUGCUGGCCGUGUUUCGAGCACUCAAACACUUUCUUCCAGACCUAAGAGAUCACCAUGUGCUGGUGCGCACCGACAACACAGCGGUGGUCUUUUACAUAAACCACCAGGGAGGUCUGCGUUCGCGCCCCUUAUACAAGCUGGCGCACCGGAUCCUUGUGUGGUCCCAGAACAAGCUUCUCUCGCUGAGAGCAGUUCAUAUUCCUGGGCAUCUCAAUAUGGGAGCAGACAUCCUGUCGAGGCAGGGGCCGAGGCCCGGGGAAUGGAUGCUUCACCCCGAGGUGAUGAAACAGAUAUGGAGAGUUUUUGGCCAGGCUCAGGUGGAUUUGUUCGCGACUCAUCAGACAUCGCACUGUCCCCUCUGGUUCUCUCUGACUCAUCCAGCUCCACUGGGGCUGGAUGCUAUGGUACAGACUUGGCCGAGGCUUCGUCUGUACGCCUUUCCCCCGAUCGCUCUGCUCCCAGGAGUUCUAGAGAGAGUGCGCCGGGAUGGGGUCCGUCUAUUACUAGUAGCCCCGUUCUGGCCGGGCCGAGUGUGGUUCUCGGACCUGGUUUCUCUCCUCGAUGGCUCUCCGUGGGAGAUUCCCGUCAGGAGAGAUCUCCUCUCACAGGCGGAGGGCAUGAUACUUCACCCCCGCCCGGAGUUGUGGAAGCUGUGGGUGUGGCCCCUGAGGGGGCACAACUCAUAG